GAUCUCUCCUUUCUGUCGACUCUCCUCUCAGUCUCCACCAUCCUCCUCGCCUCCUAUCUCUGUUGCCGCUCCCACCACUCCCUCAGUGCCCCCAACAGCAACCACCACCACCACCGCAGCAACCACACACCUCGACGCCUGGCUGAAGCUGAACGGCUCGUGCCCGGUUUCGCCGCUGCCAACCCCGCUGUCCACGCCGCUCUCGGAGGUCGUUUCACUCUCGCAGUACGCCGCGGAUCGGAGGCGGAAGAGGUGAUAAGAUUUGUAAUUAACAAGAUCUCUUCGCAAACUUAUCGACAAAGCCAUGACGCUGUCAGACGAGGAAAUCAAUAGGCUUUUUAGGAUUCGAAGAACGGUGAUGCAAAUGUUGAAGGACCGGGGUUAUUUUGUUGGGGACUUUGAGAUUGACAUGACCAAAGAGCAGUUCAAGGAUAAGUACGGUGAGAACAUGAAAAGGGAAGAUCUUGUUAUCAAUAAAGCCAAGCGAAACGAUAGCUCUGAUCAGAUAUAUGUUUUCUUCCCUGAGGAACCGAAGGUUGGUGUUAAGACAAUGAAGACUUACUCUCAACGCAUGAAGGCAGAGAAUGUUUACAAAGCAAUCUUGGUGGUUCAACAAAGUUUGACUCCCUUUGCUAAGAGCUCCAUAAAUGAGAUUUCUUCAAAAUUCCAAUUGGAUGUUUUCCAGGUGAAACUGAUUGCUUUGAUGAUAUUGAAGAACAAAAUUGUGGCUGUUGAUUUUUGUCUAGCAUCUUGCAUAUUUGUUGUUUUACCCAAGGAUUCUUCGUAGCAUAGUACAUCAGGGCAUUGUGAUGGCUGCUUA